CUCCGUGAAUUUCAAAAUGCACGAACAAUGCUAUUUGCUAUUGAGGAAAUCAACAACAGAACGGACAUUCUUCCUGGGGUAAAAUUGGGUUAUAGAAUCUAUGAUGCUUGUGGAUCAGUAGAAAUAACUACAAGAGCAUCCUUGUCCUUAGUUAAUGACAAUGGAAAAAAUAUCUCUGAAAUGUUUUGCUCCAAACCUGAUACAGUUCAAGCAAUUAUAGGUGAAACAUCCUCCAGUCCUUCUAUUGCACUGUCUGCUACUGUGGGACCUUUGCAUAUACCAGUGGUCAGUCACCUUGCAACAUGUGCAUGCCUAAGCAACAAAAAGAAAUACCCAUCUUUCUUCAGAACUGUUCCCAGUGAUUAUUACCAGAGCAGAGCUUUGGCUAAGUUGGUCAGGCAUUUUGGCUGGACAUGGGUAGGGGGCAUAUGCAGUGAUAACGACUAUGGAAACAAUGGCAUAAAUGAAUUCAUCAUUGCAGCCAAAGAAGAGGGAAUCUGUGUUGAGUAUUCCAAAGCCUUCUUUAGGACAGAUCCCAGAGAGAAAAUACUGAAAGUAGUUGAUAUUAUCAAGGCUUCAACCUCCAAAGUUAUUGUAGCUUUUGUCUCAUAUUCUGACCUUGGGGUUCUUCUAAAUGAAAUGGCCUUACAGAAUGUGACUGGGUAUCAGUGGAUUGGAAGUGAGUCCUGGAUCUCUUCUCUAAACCCAGCCAUUGUGCAAUGGCAGCAUCUUCUGAUAGGGUCCAUGGGUUUUGCUAUCCCAAAAGCUCAAAUCAAGGGCCUAGAGGACUUUCUGACCAAACUCAAUCCCGCUUCUGAGGCAGCUAUUUUCAAAGAGCUGUGGGAGACAAUAUUUGAAUGUAAGCUCCCCACACAAGAAACAGUUGAGACAAAGAAAAUGUGCAAGGGCAAUGAAAGUCUCAGUCAAGUUCAAAACCUUUAUACAGAUGUUUCAGAGUUACGAGUUGCAAAUAAUGUUUACAAGGCUGUGUAUGCUGUGGCUUAUUCCCUGCAUAACAUAUAUAGCUGUUCAAAGUGGCACAGUGGAAAAGAUGGUCCGAUUGCAUGUGCAAACAUUACAGAUAACAAACCCUGGCAGGUAUUCAAUGAGUUGAAAAAACUCCAUUUCACCACUACAACUGGAGAGGAAGUAUACUUUGAUGAGAAUGGAGAUCCAGCUGCAAGGUAUGAACUGGUGAAUUGGCAACAAGGCAAAGAUGGUAAAAUAGUAUUUGUUAAAGUUGGUUUCUAUGAUGGCUCUUUGCAAACAGAACUUCAACUAUCAUUUAACAACAUCAGUAUAGUCUGGGCCCACAAUACACAACAGGUGCCGGUCUCAGUGUGUAGUCUAAGUUGUCCCUGGGGCACAAGGAAGGCUGUGCAGAAAGGAAGGCCAAUCUGUUGCUUUGACUGUAUACCAUGUGCAGAGGGCGAAAUCAGUAAUAUAACAGACUCUAUAACUUGUAUCAAGUGCCCACCUGAACUGUGGUCUAAUGAGAAGAAAGAUACCUGUGUCUUAAAGUUGGUGGAAUUCCUGUCUUUUGAGGAAAUAAUGGGAAUCAUUCUUGUAUCAUUUUCCUUGUUAGGAGUGGCUUUUACCAUCUGCAUUGCAAUAAUUUUCUUUAAACAUAAAGACACACCAAUUGUUAGAGCAAAUAAUUCUGAACUGAGCUUUCUGCUGCUCUUUUCUCUGACUCUGUGUUUCCUUUGUUCACUCACAUUCAUUGGUCAGCCAUCUGCAUGGUCCUGUAUGCUGCGUCACACAGCUUUUGGGACAACAUUCGUCCUCUGUAUCUCCUGUGUUCUGGGGAAAACAGUAGUUGUGUUAAUGGCCUUCAGGGCUACACUUCCAGGCAGUAAUGUCAUGAAAUGGUUUGGGCCUCCACAACAGAGACUCAGUGUACUUGCCUUCACUCUUGUACAAGUCAUUAUUUGUGUACUUUGGUUAACAAUAUCACCACCAUUUCCCUACAAAAAUAUGAAGUAUUACAAGGAAAAGAUCAUAUUGGAAUGUCAUGUAGGCUCAGCUAUAGGUUUCUGGGCAGUGCUGGGUUAUAUAGGAUUCCUGGCUCUUUUGUGUUUUAUCUUGGCUUUCUUGGCUCGGAAGUUGCCUGACAAUUUCAACGAAGCCAAAUUCAUCACAUUCAGCAUACUUAUAUUCUGUGCAGUCUGGCUUACCUUUAUUCCUGCUUAUGUCAGCUCUCCUGGAAAAUUCACUGUAGCUGUAGAGAUAUUUGCUAUUUUAACAUCAAGCUUUGGUUUAUUAUUCUGCAUAUUUGUUCCAAAGUGUUAUAUAAUCAUACUGAAACCAGAGAAGAACACUAAAAAACAAAUGAUGGCUAAAGUACCUGGUAAAUGA